AUGAACUGUCAACAUAAAGAGGAAAACGACAACAGUCUGUCCAUCGCUGUUGCAGUUGUCAUUGUGGCAUUGGUGUUGGUUUAUGAACGCGCCUGCUAUCUUUGUAGGAUGAAGUGUACCCAAACAUCUGUACAGCAGCUCCUUGCAUCAUCAGCUCACAGUGUCAGAAUUGCAGGUACGUACUGUUCCACUGACAUGACAGACCCAGCCAAGCUGGUGCCACUGUGGUAUACAGCGGGGAAGGAGUUGACCUGGAAAUUCUCAACAUUGACUCUGGACUCUGUGAUGUCGUAUGGCAAAUGUGGACAAGAACUCUCAGCAGUAAACAGUGCUGAUGUUUCAUCAAAGCCUAAGAGCCCCAGAUCACGGCGACUACGUUCCCUUGAUACCUUUUUGGGACUCGUGGAUCAGAGUCUGGCACUAACUCUCAUCAUCUUUGUCAACUAUGGAGGUGGUGGCUAUUGGCUCUUUGAACACGCGCCAUGGAAUGGAUUGACAGUUGCUGACAUUGUGAUGCCUUGGUUUGUUUUCAUCAUUGGGACAUCCGUGGCCCUGUCCUUCAGUGCCAUGCUCCGUUGAGGCAUUCACCGUUUGCAGCUGUUACAAAAGUUAACCUGGAGAACCAUCAUCCUGUCGCUGAUUGGAGCUUUUUACAUCAAUUAUGGCCCAGUUGAUGGUCCCUUAUCAUGGGAAAGGUUCAGGAUCCCUGGGGUCUUACAACAUCUUGGGUUCACGUACUUUGUCAUUGCUGUGCUGGAGACUUGUUUUGCUGAGGAGAAUCUGGAGCAAUAUAUGGACUGCUUUUGGGCUCCUCUUCGAGAUAUUCUUGUCCACUGGCCUGAGUGGACAUUCAUGUUCUUGUUGGAAACAGUUUGGCUGUGUCUCACCUCUCUUCUCCCUGUCCCAGGAUGCCCCAGCCACUAUCUUGGAGGAGGAGGAAUAGGAGAUUCUGGCCACUUCCCAAACUGUACAGGAGGGGCAGCAGGCUACAUUGACAAAUGGCUGUUCGGAGUUAACCACAUCUAUAGCCAUCCCACAUGCAAGGAACUGUACCACACCACUGAGCCUUUUGAUCCUGGAGGAGUCCUGGGAACCAUCAAUUCUAUUCUGAUGGUAUUUAUUGGAUUGCAGGCUGGAAAGAUCGUUCUUGUAUAUCGUCCAGACAAGCUCAGAAUACUGAAACGAUUUCUCAUCUGGGCUGUUUUAUUGGGAUUCAUUUCUGCUGUCCUCACAAAUUGUAGGCGGGAGGAUGGAUUCAUCCCCAUCAAUAAAAGCCUCUGUCCACAGAUGUGUAGGUCCCUGUCCUACAUUACCACGACUGGCAGUUUCUCCUUUGUCCUGCUGAGCCUGAUGUACUACAUCAUAGCUAUGAGACAGUGGUGGGGUGGAGAGCCAUUCAUCUUCCCAGGAAUGAAUUCAAUCUUCAUGUAUGUUGGUCACUCUGUGCUGGGCUGGUACUUUCCAUUCAGCUGGGCUCUGAAACACAGGAAUUCACACACUGAGCGUCUCCUCCAGGACCUGGUGGGAACAGCAGUCUGGCUGUUCAUCGCAUACAUGCUGUACAGAAAGAAAAUCUUCUUAAAAAUCUGAAUUGGACAAGA